CCCAGAACCCACUACAUAUAUGACUAUGGGGAUGUCACGCCCUACAUGAAAGAGUCACACCUUAAGAGAGCCGGAAAAUAGUAUUUAAAUCCUUUUUCUCCACAAAUCGGCCUGGGCUCUGCCAACGACCCUGAGGAAGGAAAAGCGUUUCCCAUUUCGCUUUCCCCUCGUCGGCUUGCAGCUCGACAAACUGUGGUUCUUCGAGCAAAAUGGAAACGCAAUCCUAUGCGAAGACAGCCGUGAAUACGGUGAAGAGACUUGGUAAUCGGGGGCACUACGACUACGGCACCGUGCACACCAUCAUCAACACGGCACCCGUCCUGCACGUCUCCUUCAACGACCCGGAGCACCCCUUCCCCGUCGUGCUGCCCAUGCUCGGCUGCACGGGGGAUUUUGCGAACCCGGACGCGGAUCCCAAAGAAGCGGCGCAGGAUAUCUAUAUCCAUGGGUAUGUGUCGGCGAGGAUGUUUAGGAAGGGGAAAGAGGCGGGGGAGGAGGGGGUGCCGAUUACGGUUGCUGCGACGCAUAUCGACGGCCUCGUCCUCUCCCUCACCCCCUUCCACAACAGCUGCAACUACCGCUCCGCCAUCGCCUACGGCCACGCCACCCUCGUCACGUCCCCCGACGAACGCCUCUACGCCAUGCGGCUCAUCACCGACAACGUCCUCCCGCAGCGCUGGGACAAGUCGCGGAUCCCGCCCACGAAAGCCGAGCUCGAUUCGACGUCCAUCCUGAAAGUAAGGGUCGAGUCGGCGAGCGCCAAAGUGCGCGAGGGAGGGCCCAGCGAGGAUCGCGCGGAUCUGAGGGAUGCGGAGUUGAGGGCGAGGGUGUGGACGGGGGUGGUGCCGGUUUGGUUGCAGUGGGGGGAGCCGGUGCCGGCCGAGGGGAAUGAAGUGGGCGAGGUGGAGGGGUAUAUUGAGAGGUGGAGGUUGGAGGAGAAUAGGAGGGGGAAGAGGGGGGCGUAUGAGGCGGUUGAAAAGGGGAAGUGAGAGGGAUGUGUUUUGUGUGUGUUGGGAAUGGGGAGAGCAGGACGAGAUGAGAUGAGAUGAUUCGGAGGUGAAAGUAUGAACAAAAGAAAGAUAAGUGGUAACGUUGGAAAGGAAGUGUUGAAAGGACGAAAGAGAUGCAGAGUGAGACCACCUGAUAAACGUCCAACAAAUGUUUCAGAAGAAAUUUGAAACUUUCAUUGCUUUCGUCUUGCCAGCAGGGUACUUAAAUUCUCCCUGGACUGGAACCUCCAUCGUUCACCAGGACGAAAAGCGUGACUUGGGGUAUACUGAAAAAGAACUUUUAAGGAAAUGAAGUUAUAUGGGGAGAGAAUUGUUG